CUCAUCUGCCCUUCCAGUCCCGGGCGGCUCCAGGAGCCGGAGCCCGGGAGCGGAGUGGGGUCGGCGGGGCUGGGGCAGGAUCGGAGCGCGCUGGACCGAUCAGGAGCCCACGGACCUCCCCAGAGCCUUCCGUGCACGAGAUGUACUGGAUGGAGUGUUGACCUGGAGUCUGGCACAGAACUGGGAUUCCCAUACUGACACAGACAUUUCCUGGCUGGGUGACUACGGGCAAAAUCCUUCACUUCUCUAGGUUAAGAACCACUGAGGAGGGAGAAAAUCUUCUAGAAUUCAGAAGGGGACUGUACAUGCAGACCAUUCAGUCCAAAUCUCCUGAGUUUACAGCCCUAUUCCAGGGACCCUGCUGUUGUGAGAACUGAGGAAGAGAGCAGGAGAACAACAAUGGGCUCAUCCUGGGAAAGUACGUGCCAGGUGGGCAGCCUGUUGACAGAGAGCUGAAGAGGGCACCUCGGCCGUGCCCCAUCCCACCCCCUGUCCUGGGCGCAGCAUGCGACUGAGCGCUCGGCGGCUGCUUCUGGCGGCCGGCCUCAUGCUGGCCUUCGCCCUGGCCACCCACCUAGGGCAGCAGAUGCUGGCGUGCCAACAGCUGCUGUCCUCAGGUCGCAACCAUGGCGUGAUGCGGCCCGAGCAGGAGGAGCUGGUGAUGGUGGGUGCCGACCAGGUGGAGUACCGUUACAGUAAGGAGAUGCCGCUGAUCUUUGUGGGGGGGGUGCCACGCAGCGGGACCACCCUGAUGCGGGCCAUGCUGGACGCCCACCCAGAGGUGCGCUGUGGCGAGGAGACACGUAUCAUCCCCCGAGUGCUGGCCAUGCGCCAGGCCUGGUCACGCUCCGGACGGGAGAAGCUGCGCUUGGAUGAGGCUGGGGUCACGGACGAAGUACUGGACGCGGCCAUGCAGGCCUUCAUCCUGGAGGUCAUUGCCAAGCAUGGCGAGCCAGCCCGUGUCCUCUGCAACAAGGACCCUUUCACCCUCAAAUCUUCUGUCUAUCUCUCCCGCCUCUUCCCUAACUCCAAGUUUCUGCUCAUGGUGCGGGACGGGCGGGCGUCCGUGCACUCCAUGAUCACCCGCAAGGUGACCAUCGCCGGCUUUGACCUCAAUAGCUACCGUGACUGCCUCACCAAGUGGAACAAAGCGAUCGAGGUCAUGUACUCCCAGUGCAUGGAGGUGGGCCGGGCCAAGUGCUUGCCCGUCUACUAUGAACAGCUGGUGUUGCACCCCCGGCGCUCCAUGCAGACCAUCAUGAAUUUCCUAGGGAUCGACUGGAGCGAGGCCGUCCUUCACCACGAGGACCUCAUCGGCAAGCCAGGGGGGGUCUCUCUGUCCAAGAUAGAGAGGUCCACUGACCAAGUCAUCAAGCCUGUGAACCUGGAAGCUCUGUCCAAAUGGACCGGGCACAUUCCAGGAGAUGUACUGAAGGACAUGGCCCGGAUUGCCCCGAUGUUGGCCAGGCUCGGCUAUGAUCCCUAUGCAAACCCACCGAAUUAUGGCAGUCCUGACCCCCUUGUCAUCAAUAACACAAAUCGGGUCAUGAAAGGAGAUUUUAAAACACCAGCAAAUUUGAAAGGCCAUCUACAGGUGAAUCCAAACACCACCUCUUCUCACUCACGAAGCGAAUGAUUCCAGGGCUCUGCAAAUGGCUUUUUAUUUACGGAUGAGAGAAGAAGUCUGCAGCUGACUGGGAAUCGGAUCUCCAAGCAUAUUGCUUGCUAUUCUCACCAAUUCAGGACCACUCUACGGGGAACGUCUUUGCAUUUCUUUGCAAAAUCCUCCGAUCUUUGAAACUUCCUGGGGAAAACUAAAAACACAAACUAACUCAACCCUUUCCCUCACUGGGAGACUCUGUAGAGGAGAGAACCUGGGGGUAAAACUCAGGUUUCUCAACGUAGACCUUUUCUAUUCAUUUCGUCAAUUUGGGAAUUUUUUUUAAUUGUAUCCAGAAUGGUCUCUAUGUUCUCCUCAGAUUCAAAACUCAAAGGGGCUGGUUUGGAGGCCUCAGUCAUCAGAAGAGGCCCUGCAGCAUGGGCCACCACCAUCGUUCCCUGGCUGAGAAAUUACAGAACCUUAUUUAAGAAUUUAAUAUAUGGGGCAGUUUGGAUACACUUUGGAUCAUUUUACUUCCCAUAAAUAAAAUAUUGUUUUAAUACCAAGA